UUCAAUUCUGAACCGAGAAAAACCAUAAAACGUUGAUUAGGGCUUUCAAUUUGUUGCUUUGUCUCUCUCGAACUUGUGCUAGGGAUUUAGGAUUAGCGUUAGAGACUCAGUCGAGCAGAGAAUGACGACGAUUGUUCCCACCUCCGAAGAAGAUCCUUACCUCGCCAUUGUUCGUUUCACUUCCCAGCUUGCCUGGGCUGAUGCUGGUCCCGAGGUCGCAGAGCCUGAAGUUUCCAGGCUAUGUAAGGAAGCAGAGGAGUCUAUAAUAAAUGGGAAGUGGCUGGAUUUGGCAACGUUGAUGGUAACUUCAGCUGACUUGGUAUCAGCCAAAAUCUCUGAGAAAGAUCUUGAGUGUACCUACACCAUCAUUUGCAACCUUGUCAAGAAUGCGAACAGUCCUGAGGAAGUCCUUGAAAUGGUGAAAGCUAUAGCUGCUAAGGUUAUUCAACAACCAAACGACAAAGCUUCAUUGCGUUUGAAGAUCCUCUUCAAUCUAUAUAAUCUGGUAGACCACCCAAAUGCUCGUUUUCAAGUAUACAUGAAAGCUCUGGAACUGGCUGUAAACGGGAAGGUUACCGAGUAUAUUGUACCUUCCUUUAAGAAGAUUGACAGCUUCUUGAAAGAGUGGAACAUUGACAUCAAAGAUCAGCGGGAACUAUUUCUUGCUAUUGCUAAAGUGCUUAGAGAAAAUAAAAGUUUUGCGAAAGAAUCCCUCCAGUUUGUGACAAAUUAUUUGGCAACUUUCUCCAAUGAAGAUACCCAAGUCCUGAGUGAAGCCAAGGAGGAAGCUGUACGAGCAGUUAUUGAAUUUGUCAAGGCUCCCAGUAUAUUUCAGUGUGAUUUAUUAGACCAUCCAGCUGUCGCACAGUUGGAGAAGGAUCCUAACAAUGCACCAGUUUACCAGCUACUGAAGAUUUUUCUUACUCAGAGGCUAGAUGCAUACAUGGAAUUCCAAAAUGCGAAUUCAGGAUUUCUGCAAACAUACGGACUUGUCGAGGAAGACUGUGUAGCAAAGAUGAGGUUGUUGUCCCUAGUUGAUUUGGCCUCAGAUGAUUCUGGCAAAAUACCGUAUGCCUCGAUCAAGAACACCCUACAGGUAAAUGACGAGGAGGUUGAAUUGUGGGUGGUUAAGGCAAUAACUGCAAAAUUGGUUGCUUGUAAGAUGGAUCAGAUGAACCAAGUUGUAAUUGUCAGGCAAGUUUCUAAUCUACUUCUAUUUCGAUUUAUAUGUGUAAAUCCAAAGUCACACAUUCUCGUACUUCAUAUCUGUUCAUGUAUCAGCCGCUGUGCCGAGCGUGAAUUUGGACAAAAGCAAUGGCAGUCUCUUCGAACAAAGCUAGCAGCUUGGCGGGACAAUGUUAGGAAUGUAAUCAGCACGAUCGAAUCGAAUAAGGCAACAGAGGAAGGUACUCAGACAUCAUCAGCAGCUCAGGGAUUGACUGUCCGUUGAAAUAUAUCUCUGAAGAAGAAGCUUCUCAAUCUAAAGAGUGAUCUGAUAUUGUCAUCUCAAAAGCUUUAUUGAAUUCUUUGCAGAGUUCUUUUGACCGUUGGAUCUUUUUGAUUCCGGCCUUCUUCUUUGUGUUGGCCUCUUUUUGUCCCUUAAAUUUAUGCGGAGACUUGCGAUACAUUGUUUAGAUAAAUUUAUCACCAAUGCAUGAAUAUUGGGAGUGGCUAAUAACAGCUGGCGCAAAAUCAUUGGAUUAAAAAAUAAGAGCUUUGUUUUAGUAGUCGAGUAUAAAAUAGUGGAUUCAAAUU